AAAAAGAUGAAACUUUUAUUUGCAACAUUUUAUCUUAUAAAUGCAAUUAUCAGUAGUUAUAAGCAAUUAAAGAUAUUUGUACUACUGUCGUGUAACAGUAGUAUUGUGUAUCAGUAAUACUGUCGGGAAUCUUUAAAUGUGGUAAGAGGCUCCUGAUAGCACUAUGACCUAAUUAAACUACGAUAAGAUUGUAAACUUCGAAAUAAACUAAAUAGCUCGUAAGAAGUGCACUGAAAAAAAAAGUUUAGAUAUAACCACAGAUAUCUAUACUAAACUAGAUCGCUAUCUUCGGCUGAAUAGCUGUGUCCGGCAGGAUAUCCGGAUUCGGCCAUCUUACCCAACAAGAAAAUGGUGUCUACGCGUAGGUUGGGUUAGUGCGUAUGUGUUUGACAGGUUUGACAACUGAGCCGGUUGACCGCUGAGCACCGUUAAGUAUAUUAAUUGUGAUUAUCGAGUGUGUGUUUUCAAUAUCGUGUCAUAAUGCCAAGCAAUUGCUGCAUAACGGGUUGCAAAAAUAGCAAUAAAAAUAGUUUUCAUUUAUUCAGAUUUCCUUUAAAUCGGCCUGACAUAUUGCAAAUGUGGAUUAACGCAAUUGGAAGAGAAGGUUUUCAACCAACUAAAAAUCACCUUAUUUGCAGUGCACAUUUUAAAGCUGAGGACUACUCGUACAUGGACAGACCAAACACAAGUGGUGUACGCUUGAAAAAUCUUGCUGUGCCUUCUAUAUUUUCUAAGGUUUCUGCUCCUGCAUUCAUACCUAAUAUAACUGAUUAUGUAACGAAUUCACCCGCUGCAAGUUCGUCUGCAAAAACUUGGAGGAGUAUAUUAAAGAAACCGAUCAAAGAUAUCGAUCAAUUAUCACCUAAUGUUGAUUCUGAGAGCUCAAGUACUUCUUCAUUAAAACAUACUCCAAUUGUAUUAUCUGAGAGUCCAAAAGCAACUACCAGUGCAAAUUCAAUUGAUGAUACAAUUAAAAUAACCACGGUAAAGAAACGGAAAAUAAUGGAUCCUUCAGUUUAUUAUUUAAAGAUGCAGAAAAUGUCUCCAAGAAAACAACGAAUGCAAAGAACAAUUAAGUCAUUGAGGCAGAAGGUAUCACGAAGAGAAGAAAAGAUCCGUUCAUUGGAGAGUCUAUUAAAAACAUUACGGUACAAUGACAAAGUAUAAAUACUGUGUCUGAUACAAUAUAUGUAUUUGAGCACCCAGCGUCAUUGAUUCUGUCCCUCGAAAAAUUUUCCAAACUGAGAAGUCGUUAUCUUUCUACAAACAAUUUAUAAUUAAUGUAA